GCCAUAUUGGAAUGAGGCAGUGAGCGGAGCGCCGGGGAGCCGGAGCCCCGGCAGCGGCGCAGGGCUGGAAAAACUCCCCGCAGGUUUUUUUCAGGAUCCCUUCUUGAAUGUCCUGGUUACCAGUAGAAUCGAGGGCGGGAGGCAACUCAUGACCACCAAACCGUGACAGCUCAGAUUUCCCCUGCUUCUGGCUGCUCAAAAUAACCACUGGGCUGCUGUGGAGAUGAAUGGAGAACAGCAGUAUGAUGCAGAUGCUGGUUCCAGUACAGAAGAAAUGGAAUUCAACUGGGAUGAGUAUCUAGAAGACACAGGAGCAACUGCAGCCCCCCAUGGAUCUUUCAAGCAUGUGGAUACAAGUUUGCAGAAUGGUUUUGCCCCUGGUAUGAAGCUGGAAGUUGCUGUCAAGUCUGACCAAAACACCUACUGGGUAGCCACCAUCAUUACUACCUGCGGGCAGCUGCUCCUGUUGCGCUACGAUGGUUAUGGGGAGGACCGCAAGGCUGACUUCUGGUGCGAUAUCAUGACUGCUGAUUUACACCCCAUCGGCUGGUGUGAACAGAACAAAAAGAUUCUCAAAGUGCCUGAAGGUAUCAAGGACAAGAUACCUGACCAGGAGGAAUUCCUUCAGCGGGUGCUGAAAGGAGCGUGCAGUGCUCCUGCUAACCUGCUGGAGGGGCUUCACAGAGGAAAAAAUCCAUUGGAUCUCAUUGCACCUGGUUCCCGACUAGAGCUGCAAAACAUGCGGGAUUCCCUAGAAGCCUGGAUAGUCAACGUGGUAGAAAAUGUUGGCGGGAGACUUAAACUGCGCUAUGAAGGGCUGGAGGAUUCUGACAAAUUUGACCAAUGGCUAUUCUACUUGGACCCUUUCCUUCACCAAGUGGGGUGGGCAGCUCAGCAUGGAUAUAGUCUGCAACCACCUUCAGCCAUUAGGUCCCUGAAAAGUGAAGCAGAUUGGCAAGAGAUCCUGAAGAAGGUGAAAGAGGAGGAAGAGGAGUCAUCGAUUCCUACAGAUCUCUUUAAGGAUAAACCUGUGAUUGGAGUGCAUUCUUUCUCUGAAGGCAUGAAGUUAGAAGCUGUGGACCCAAUGGCUCCUUUUGUAAUCUCUCCAGCUACAGUUCUCAAGGUAUACAAUGAAAAAUACUUCAUGAUAGAAAUUGAUGACUUGAGACCAGACCGUACAACCAGCCAGUCUUACAUUUGUCAUGUCAACAGUGCUGGCAUUUUCCCUGUGCAGUGGAGCCUGAAGAAUGGCCUGCAUCUCAGUCCCCCACCAGGUUACCCUGGGCAGGACUUUGAUUGGGCAGACUACCUCAAACAAUGUGGUGCUGAGGCAGCUCCCCAGAGCUGCUUCCCUUCGUUAACUUCUGACCAUGGAUUUAAAGAGAAUAUGAAACUUGAGGCUGUGAACCCAGUUGAUCCAGAAGAAGUUUGCAUUGCUACAGUCACCAAGUUGAAAGAUUCCUACCUCUGGCUUCAGCUGGAGGGCUCCAAGAAGCCCGUCCCUGACUGUAUAAUGAGUGUGGAGUCAAUGAAUAUCUUUCCAGUGGGUUGGUGUGAGACGAAUGGAUAUCAGCUGAGACCUCCUCGCAAAGCAAUAGUAAACAAGCAGAAAAAAAUUGCAGUAGUUCAACCAGAGAAACAAAUUUUAUCUUCAAGAACAGUUCAUGAUGGACUAAAGAACCAGGAACUGAACUCUUCUGACUCAGUGGUAAUUAAUGGGAAGUACUGCUGCCCAAAGAUCUACUUCAACCACCGGUGCUUCUCAGGGCCUUACCUUAACAAAGGCAGGAUUGCAGAACUUCCUCAGUCUGUGGGACCUGGCAACUGUGUUCUUGUUCUGAAAGAGGUUCUCACUUUAUUGAUCAACGCAGCUUACAAACCAAGCCGUGUCUUGCGAGAGCUGCAGUUGGAUGAAGAGGCUGCAUGGCAUGGGCAUGGAGAGACCCUAAAAGCCAAGUACAAAGGGAAGAGCUACCGUGCAACUGUGGAAGUUGUGAGGACAGCAGAUCGAGUGGCAGAUUUCUGUAGGAAAACGUGCAUCAAGUUGGAAUGUUGUCCAAACCUCUUUGGCCCACAGAUGGUGCUGGAUAAAUGUUCAGAGAACUGCUCUGUCCUGACAAAGACUAAAUACACGCACUAUUACGGAAAGCGGAAAAACAAGCGGAUAGGUAGGCCUCCGGGUGGCCACAGCAACCUGGAAGUAGCCAUGAAGAAACCAAAUAAAAGACGGAAGAGGAGAAAAAAUUUUUUUGUUCAUAAGAAAAAACGUUCUUCUGCUUCAGUGGAUAACACUCCUGCAGGAUCUCCCCAGGGCAGUGGGGCAGAAGAGGAGGAUGACCAGGAUGAGGUGGAUGAAGAGUCUCUGACUGAGGAUAGUACCUCAGAGCACCCAGAUGAAUUGCUUGAGGAAUCAGAAGUGUCAGAGAAGAAAUCAGUGUCAUCCUCUCCUACACAGAGUGAACUGUCUCAUUCCCUGGCUCAGGAGCGAGACAAGCGGAAGCGGAAGCUCAGGACCUUUUCCUUUUCUGACGAUGAGAAUAAACCUCCUUCGCCAAAGGACAUAAAGAUGGAAGUUGCUGAGAAGCUGCAGCUGGACAGUAACCCUCUGGACUGGAGCGUGGCUGAUGUUGUACGAUUCCUUAAAUCCACUGACUGUGCACCACUGGCAAGAAUCUUCCUUGAUCAGGAAAUCGAUGGCCAGGCACUGCUGCUGCUGACCCUGCCCACCGUUCAGGAGUGUAUGGACUUGAAGCUUGGGCCAGCUAUUAAACUUUGCCAUCACAUUGAGAGGGUCAAACUUGCCUUUUACCAGCAGUUUGCUAACUGAGGAGCAGCCAAGUUGAUGUGGACCUUUGAAGCACAACUACAGAAACAUGCUCCUUUCUCUCUAGCAAGAAAAGCCAAAUAAAGUUAAACUGAGGCCCUGGUGACCUAAGAGCAUCUGUCAGCCUCAGCUUUUCACUUUGACAAGAGGAAGACGACAUCUGGAGCAAAAUGCCAAUGCAAACACAGGGGCUACUCUACCAGCUGCCAGCUUGGGAACACGACAGUCUCUUGCUCUAUGGUUCCCUUUUUUUAAUGUAUUUUUUACUCAUUACAGAAAAGUCUCCUCUGGUGGGAAAUGACAUUUCGCUAGUUCUGUUGGCACAGAACUUUAAAAGGAGAAACGGAUCGUGUUUACGUUAGCAUGUAGGCUGCCAGAAAUAACCUUUCUCUGUUCCUGGUGAUUCACAGAAUCCCCUUCCCUCCCUGUGGAUGAACACUUGCUCUUACCACAGCACUGGCUUUGGAAUGUGCUUUUUGCACAUUCGUGUGUUAAUGUUGAGUUUUUUAAUGAAUUUGUUCAUUGUUAGGACAACAAUGUGGCCACAGGGUUCUGAAUGUACAGUAUAGCAAGAGUGUGGUUCCAUUUGGAGUUUCCUUUGUUUGUUUUGGGUUUUGUUUCAUUGCUGUUGGGGGUUUGGUUUUAUUUGGUUUUACUACCUCUGUAGCCUGAAUAAUAGAAGUGAUGAACUAAAAAGGGAGGGAACUACUCCUUCUGGACUAAUCAUCUGUCGCUGCCACUGCACAGCAGUCUCUCUUCUGUAGGCACAUCAGGAGUACAAACCAGUAUCAGCACACAGAGCUUCUCUUCCAAAGCUUUAGCUGGAACCUGUGUAGGCUUAACCUGGAUGUCAGAAAACUUAAUUAUUUUGCACUUCUCUUACAGACAGGCUGUAGGAACAAAAGGAAGGAAAGAGGAAGUGGCUUUUCAUUUUCUGUAUUUUGGUUGUCAGAUAAUUUCUUUUUUUCUUUUUUUUUUUAUUAUUAUUUGUGUGAAGUUGCUUCUUUUUUAUUAUAGCAAACAAUAGGGCCAUGUACACAGCCUGUCAGCAGGUUUUUGCUUCACUACCUGAACAUCUUUUUAGCGAACACACUGAAGAAACUGCCAUCAGUAGAGGACUGCAACUUAGUUGUGUCAGUGUUUGCACAGUGGAAACCAUCUUAUGAACAUAACUCUGUAUUUUUAACUAUUUAGAGCUGCUCAAGGUCAAGAUGGAAAUGAGAUUGGGUGGGAUGGGAGUUGUGUGCUUUGGGUUUGGGGUUUCAUCCGUUCCUGUGUUUUGAUUUGGGGUUUGUUUGUUUUUAUUAGAAGAAAGAAAAAAGGGACAGAGGGACAUCUAGUUUCAUCAGUAGGCCCACAGUAGGAUUAACUGCUGAUUUUAAUUUUUCCAGGGUAAUAAAACCCUAUCAGCCACUUGCUUUACACUAGGUAACAGGGCUUACAUUACUUUCCAUUAAAGAUGUGAGGAAACUUGCAUCGAGCUCAAGACCGGCAUCAAAUAAGCAUUAGGUUUCAGAUGGCUUCCAUUCAUUUACUCUGCCUGUCUCAGAGAAGCCCAAGCAAGAAGUGGAUGCUUGCAUCCCUGGUAAUUUCUUUCCUAUUCAAGUACAUUUUUGCAGAAAGCAACCUGCCCUGGCACACUGUGGUGUUGGAAAUGGGAAGGGGCUCAUUUCCAGCAUUUUAGGUUUGCUGGUUUAUGAUAAACACUGGUUACUCUGGUUAGAUGGAUUGGUUCAAGCAUCUCAUAGGCUAAUAUGAUCCAUUAUUCUGAUGCUGUGAGCUGUAGGAUUCAGUGAGGAGGUAGUUUCUAAACUGAGAGCUGAGUUUGCACAGGCUGUGUGUAUAUCUGCCACAUAGGUGUUGAGGGGGAGCUGUCUCAAAUGAAAACUGAAAUAAGCAGAGCUGAAGAACUGGGGUUUUUUUCUUUUGCUCCUUCAAAUAACUGCCUAGUCAAGGCAGAACUAUUUACAUAAGUGAUAAAAUCAGAUUAUUUUUUUUCUCUUUCAGAAUCAAAAUGGAAAUGUCAGACAGACUGUUUACUAUUUAAGUAUUCUUGAGGGAGGGAGGACAGUGUGUAGCUAGGACAAUUUUAUUUUCUCCCAAGUUGUAAGCAGAGUCUGAAAACAUAAUUAAAUUGAAAUUAAAGUGCCCCUUCUUUUCUCACACCAGAUACAUGGCCAAUAAAUGGAUGUUUUGGCUCUUUAUACUGUGCUUAGGUAACCCAGCUGUACUCCAUUCCCUCAGGACAAGCUCAGUGAUAAGCCAUUAGGCCUGAGAAAGAAGCAGUGGAAGAAACAUUGCUGCUUUGUUGUCAGUUUCUUGUCUUGAGAAAUUCAGCCAGCAGAGAACUUCUGCACUGGAAGAUGAUGCUUUUGAAUCAUAUUUGUCAUUCUUCAGGGUUUGCAGAAGUCUAUUACACUGAUGCCCAGCAGAAUUGACCUGCAGAGCCAAGAAAUGUUCCUUCCAUCUUUCCCUGUGGACAGAUAGGUGUCUUUCUGAGUAGUUGUCAGGAGAGAACAGAGCUUAAAUGGUAAUUUAGUGAACCUGUUAACAUGGUGCCUAGGGUUUUAAAUACAAAUGUCAUACUUGUUUUCCUCAGUAAAUAAAGCAGUCAGCAGUUUGAGAGGUUAGUGGGAUACUUACUGGUCACCUUUGGCAUGUUUUAUAGGCUGGAUUUUUCUGCCUUGUUUUGGGAGGCACUGACAGUCUGGUCCCAAUGGGAUCUAUUUUUGUUGAGAUUUUCAAAAGAGAUGUUUUCAUUAUUUGUGAAAUGUUUUUAUGCUGCACACGGGUACUGUACACUCUGUUUCCUGGGGAAAAAAAUGCACUCUGUUUCAUUGCUGGAUUUAAAAGGGAUAAUUGGGGCUUUAUCUUGAUGGAUGGUGUUUCUACUUGACUCUGUUUCAAGUUCCUCUUUCUCUGUGUGGCAGAUGACACAGCUGCACUUAAGUUUCUUCAUCCUAUUCCAACACAGCUUGAAAUCAGCUGUUCUAGUUGCUCUGUUUAUUUAAAACUGGAUUUUAGGUAGCUGAUGGCUGAAACUUGGCUUUGGGUAGUACCAAUGUUUCACCAGCAGUUAUUGCUGGGACUGCAGUAGUUUAGGUUUCAGAGAUCUGUGCUGUCCUCUAUCACACCAUUCACCAUAAGAUAAAACAAAGCUGGAGUUCAGGAGAAAGGCAGUGAUGCCUUGCAAAUGUCCUGAGUACAAGAAAAUGAGCCCUCCACUGGGCCUCGUGUGCCGUUUUUGUGGACGUUGAAAGAAAAUUACCCUUGGCUGGCCUUUUGAGGGUUUAUAUUCUUGCCUGUCUUACUUUCACAUACAUUGCACAGUCUUGGUUUUGCACAUCAUAGCUUUAGAAACCUGGCAGUGCCUCCAUAUGGCAAUCAUCCUGUGCUAAGCUUAGCCUUGUUAAGGCAGAAAGAUUUUGUUGAGUUACUACAGCAUGCCUUCUGCACCAACAAAAAGAUUCCAUAAUAGAGAAGUAUCUCGCCUCCAAAAAUGCCAUGGGAGGUUGAUGUGGUAGAGUUGUGCCCCAAAGUAUGAGCAGCUUGCAGUCCAUCCUAAACUGAAAGCAAUCCUUCCACAAGAGGAGAGGUACAGCACUGAUCUGGUGAAUGAAGGCUACUUGUUUCUUUUGCUGAAUGUUUCUGAAAGUUGCUCUUUGAGGGAUGAAAUAAAAGGCAGAAUUACUUGUGUAUUCUGUAGAACUCCAGGAGUGUUUGCAGUAUCUCCUGGGAUUAAUGGAAACAGACAUGCAGAGUUUGGAAGUGGUUGUUGAGAUUACUUUCUCCUCACAACUUUCAGCAGUAUUUUGUUGUUGCUUUAGGAUUUGCUAGUGUUUGUUCUUGAUUCAAAUGAUGCUUUAAAGGAGGGAAGGAGUAUUUAGCUGCUAGGUCCACAGAAGUGUAAAUAUAUUUACAGUUGAUUGGACUGAGCACUCCACUCUUCUGUGUAAAGUAGAAAGACUUGAUACGUUAUUAGCAAAGGCAAAGUGGCUUGUGAGAUUUUUGAAUGUAACAGAAUAGGCUUCAAAAUGACAAAGCUCAAAUUGGAGACUGGAUACCUUUGGACCAAAUCUGUUGUUAGAGGAGAAUAUACUUGUAUGAAGUAGCCUUACCAGAAAGCCAAAAAUAUGAUCCUAUACAAAGCUACUCUUUAAACAGUCCUGUCACAUAGUGGCAAACUGGUUACUGCCUACUGUGAGCUCAAAUUACCUAAAAGGAACUAAGCACAAAGACUUAGGCUCUGUCAGGAGACUUCAGAUGUUUGCUGAAGGCUCUACUUUAAAGGGAUUGUGUGCUGAACCCCUAUUUCAGAGUGCUGCCAACCUUCCCCAAGUACACAUGUAGCCUUGUUUUCAAAGGCAGCCUUUUGGGCGAAGGAUAAGAAUGGGUCUUUGGAACACCAGAUACAACAAGCCUCUUUUAUUGGUAUGUGUUUUUUCUGAUAUUUAAAAAA